AUGGAGCUGUGGAGACAGUGUGCGGCCUGGCUGAUCCAGUGCCGGGUGCUGCCGGAGAACCACCGGGUCACCUGGGAGAGCGCACAGGUGUGCGAGCUGGCCCACGCGCUCCGGGACGGGGUGCUGCUCUGCCAGCUCCUCAACAACCUGCUGCCUCAGUCCAUCAACCUGAGGGACAUCAACCUGCGGCCGCAGAUGUCUCAGUUCCUCUGCCUGAAGAAUAUCCGGACCUUCCUCUCCACCUGUCAGGACCGUUUCAGGAUGAAGAAGAGCGAGCUCUUCGAGGCCUUCGACCUCUUUGAUGUGCGGGAUUUUGCUAAGGUGAUCGACACACUGUCAUACCUGUCCUACACUCAAAUCGCAAUAGAUCGGGGAAUCCAGCCUUUUCCUUUAGAGGGAAGUGUUCCAGAUGAGGAAAUCUACAGUGGCCUAUCUGACCAGAUAGAUGACACGGCAGAUGAGGAUGAUGACCUGUACGACUGUGUGGAGGAUGACAUUGACGAGGGCGAUGAGAUUUAUGAAGACCUGAUGCGUACAGACGCCCAGGAGACGCAAAAGAUGCCUGAGGUGGACAGGAGGAACUGUUGUCUGCAGGAGAUCAGACAGACAGAGGAGAAAUACACAGACACUCUAGAGUCUAUAUUACAGCACUUUAUGAAGCCUCUGCAGAGAUUUUUGCAGCCACAGGACAUCGAGAACAUCUUCAUCAACAUCGAGGAGCUGGCAGUGACGCACCGCAGUCUGCUGGAGGAGAUCCGCAGCUCCAUCCUGAUGUACGGGGCGGAGAACCUGUUCCAGGUGUUCAUCAAGUACAAGGAGAGGUUACUGCCGUACGGCCGGUACUGCAGCCAGGUGGAGGCAGCCACCAAGCACCUGGACAAGGUGGCCAGCGCCAAGGAGGACGUGCGCAUGAAGCUGGAGGAAUGCUCGAAACGAGCCAACAGCGGAAGGUUUUCACUUCGAGAUCUCCUCAUGGUACCCAUGCAGAGAGUCCUGAAAUAUCACCUGUUGCUACAGGAGCUGGUGAAACACACCACCAACCCGACGGAGAAGGAAAACCUACGCACUGCGCUGGACGCUAUGCGGGAUUUGGCUCAGUGCGUGAAUGAAGUGAAGAGAGACAAUGAGAUCAUACGCCAGAUCACCACCUUCCAGCUCUCCAUUGAGAACAUGACGCAGUCUCUCGCACUCUACGGUCGCCCCAAGAUUGACGGAGAGCUGAAGAUUUGCAGCUCGGAGAAGAAGUCCAAACAGGACAGGUAUGCCUUCCUGUUCGACAAGGCUGUUCUGGUGUGCAAGAGGAAGAGCGGAGACAGUCUGGAGCUGAAGCAGCUGAUUGACCUGCAGCAAUAUCAGGUCCUCGACGAGCCGUCAGGAGACAGGGACAACAAGAAGUGGUCCAAUGUGUUCUACCUGAUAGACUCGUACUCCCAGAGCAGUUACGAUCUCUACUUCAAAACCAAGGAGCUGAAGAGAAAAUGGCUGGAGCAGUUUCAGAUGGCGCUGUCGAACAUGUUCCCCGACAACCACACGGCCAACAGCCACGACUUCCAGAUGCACUGCUUUGAGGAGACCACUUCCUGCAGAGCCUGCAGCAUGCUUCUCCGAGGCAUCUUCUUCCAGGGCUACCUUUGCACUCGAUGUAAGGUACCGGCUCAUAAGGAGUGCCUGGGGCGCGUGCCGGCCUGCGGGAGAAACUUAGAGAACUCCAGCACAAUGAAAAAGAACAAGAACCAGAGGUCUGCCAACAACAGACCACCUGAUACGGUCUUGCCAAAGAUGGAGGUCUCUCAGGAGUAUUAUGGGUUGCCCCCGCCCCCUGUCGCAUUCGGCCAACCGCUGCACCUCUCCAUGGGUGAUGUCAUCGAGCUGAUGCGUGCGGAGGUGGACCUGCAGUGGUGGGAGGGCCGAAACAUAACAGCAGGAGAGACGGGCUGGUUCCCCUGCACAAAAGUCCGACCCUUCGUCUCCAGACCCACGCCUGACCUGACAUUAUACCCCUGGUUUGCUGGGAACCUGGACCGGGCGGCUGCAAAGAACCUCCUGCAGUCACGGUCGGAUGGGACAUACCUGGUGCGGCAGAAGGACGGCGGGGAGUUCGCCAUCAGCAUAAAAUUCAAGGUGGAGAUUAAACACAUCAAGAUAACGUCUUCAGAGGGCCUUUUCCGCAUCAACGAGAAGAAGGCCUUCAAAGGGUUAAUUGACCUGGUGGAAUUCUAUCAGCGUAACACCCUGAAGGAGUACUUCAAGGACCUGGACACACCUCUGCAGUACCCUUUUAAAGACCCCGAGCAGAGUAUGGCCCCGCCUGCUCCUGCAGGGGGCAGCGUGCGAUACUUCGGCACAGCCAGAGCACGGUAUGACUUCUCUGCCCGAGACCGCACCGAGCUGUCACUGCGCGAGGGAGACACAGUGAAAAUCAUCUCCAAGAAGUCCCACAACGGCUGGUGGAAGGGGGAGGUGUACGGCCGGGUGGGCCUCUUCCCAGCCAACUAUGUGGAGGAGGAUUACUCCGACUACUGCUGACGUAGCCGCGGGGCCGCCGACGCUCCAAGACUACUGCAGACUGACAGCCUGAGACCAGAAGCUUGUGCACCCGCCUGUCCUGGCACAGAGGGAUACCAGCAUCACAGCCCCAUGCCUGCACGCCAGCCCUGACCCCCCCCUUCUGUGCCCUAUGAACUCAACAUGACCCAGAGGGCGUGACUUUCAGAUGUCCGGUGGCACCCCAUCAGAUAUCAUUAGCGUGGCUCCCUUGACCUCCUGUCAUGGUCCGGCCCAAAAAACACAGCUCCACUCCCCUCCUUGUUGUGCCCCACGGCUCUCUGUGCUGAACCCCUGUCUGUGCCACUUUCUUUUACUUUGGCCCUUUAGAGAGAGUGUUUUUUUGUGUUGAGUCAGCAUCUCUGUUUAGUUUUUAUGUUUUAGUCAUGCAUUGUUCCUGCACAAACCACAGACAUCCCUACUGUACUUCCCCCGUCCAACAUAUGUAUCACUGCUGUGACUCAGCCAAUCCGCUCACACAUCUCUACUGUGACUCAGUCAAUCCACUAACACAUCUCCACUCACUCAACCAAUCCCCUCACACAUCUCCACUCACUCAACCAAUCCCCUCACACAUCUCCACUCACUCAACCAAUCCCCUCACACAUCUCCACUCACUCAACCAAUCCCUCACGUACAUCUCCACUGUCACUCACCCUGUCCUGCACAGAUACUCUCUCACUACUGCAUUCUCUACUUCUCUGACGAUCAAGCACCGGAUCUCUACUAUUUCUACCACAUCUAGAGUAUGCACACUCUUGUAACCUGCUCCACACAUCAACAUAUCAUCUCUGAAAUAUUCUUUCUCCAUGGAGAUGGCAACACUGUGCCUGCAAUGGACCAUGGGAAAAAUGUCUCAGCAGCUUGAGAGGAGCCUUUUGAGAGCAGAAAUGCGCUUUUCUUUGCUGCAGUGUGGGCUCUUCUUCAGUUUACAGCUGCAUGCUAACCUCAGCGUCGGGCUGUAGCAGGUCCACGUUUCACGGGUCUGUGAAACUGGCCCAAUGUGCCUCUCUCUCUCUCUCUCUCUCUCUCUUUCUGUGCC